AUGUACCUGCGAGUGAAACCUAUCUAUCUAUCUAUCUAUCUAUCUAUCUAUCUAUCUAUCUGUUAUGUUGUUGUUAUCUAUCUAUCUAUCUAUCUAUCUAUCUAUCUAUCUAUCUAUCUAUCCCUAACUUAUCUAUCUACACCUCUCUAUCUAUGUAUCUCAUCCUGCCCAUAUCUAUCUAUCUAUCUAUCUAUCUUAUAUCUAUCUAUCUAUCUAUCUAUCUAUCUAUCUAUCUAUCUAUCUAUCUAUCUAUCUAUCAUUCCUUAUCUCUUUAUGCAUGCGCGUGCGCUUCCGGGGAAGUUAGCGAUGACGAUUUAUCUAUCUAUCUAUCGCUUGGUCUCCUCACAUCUAUCUAUCUAUCUAUCUAUCUAUCUAUGUAAUCUAACCUUAGAGUCAGACAUGUACAAACACAUGUGCAUAUUUAUAUGCCAAGAAGGGGAGGAUGAUUCUGUGGCUGAUACCAUCGAAAAUGACGAGGGCAACUACAAAGCUGACAUCAUAGACAAAACUUUCUUUGACUCGAACAGUUAUGAAACAAACUUCUUCUUCUUCUUCUUCUCAGACUGUGGAAAUCAAUUUUUGGACGAAGCCCUCUCGCAGAUGUUUUCAAUUUGUCCUAAUGCUCUCUCUCUAUCUAUCUAUCUAUCUAUCUAUCUAUCUAUUUAUCUAUUUAUCUAUCUCUCCAAUAAGGCUCUCCGCAAUGAGAAACCCGAUCACGCUCGCUACGCCUAG